AUGGGAAAGAGCCACAAGGCCUCAAAGAACCAUCCACAACUUCGAUCACGGACUACGAGGUCAAGUAAAGGUCGCCUACUGUCAGACCCAGCAGAGAACAACCAGCUGCUAACUGAACAACUCCGUUCACUCGGUCUAUACGCCGCACCCACCCUCGGCGAUGGAAAUUGUCUCUUCCGAGCACUCUCAGAUCAACUCUAUGGGUCACCUUCGAAACACCAUCAACUUCGUGCAGCCAUCUGCGAUUGGAUAGAAUCACACAAGACGCGUUAUGCCCCGUUUGUGGAGGAUGAGAGGGGGUUGGAUGUUCAUUUACGGUGUAUGAGGGAGAAUGCCACGUAUGGAGGACACAUGGAACUCUCAGCAUUCGCCCACAUGACGAAACGCAACGUAAAGGUCGUACAGCCCGGCCUCGUCUAUGUCAUCGAAUGGGCGUCAGGCACCGACCCAUCCUCGCCUACUUUCCCGUCCUCUCCAACAACAUCAGACCGUAAACUUCGGAGCGAUGACAGGCGCGCGUCAACGUCCUCUUCUCAUAGCUUUGACGACGAAGAUGGCGAGAGAAGUACGGUAUACGUUGCUUACCACGACUGGGAACAUUUCUCCUCAAUCCGCAACCUCAAAGGACCCCACUCAGGUCUCCCAAACGUAUCCGAAACGCCCGCCGUACCCCUCCCCAUCACCGCCCCACUGACACCGAAGAAAGCCCGCGAACAAGAGAGGAAGGAAAAGGAGAAGGAACGAAAGACGCAAAAGGUUAAAUUGAAGUUGAAAGUCUCGGCACCGUCGCCUGUCAAGGGUCCCGUGUCGGCUGUUAUGCGGGAUGUAGAGGGUGAUGAUGACGAUGACGAUGAUCCGGUGGAGUGGGCAGCAGAUGCAGAAGACCCGACGCAGGUCCCCCUCCCUUGUUCUCGUGGUAUCUCGUGUGAGCGUGUGCCAUCGCGUCCUCCUCUUCCUCAAUCGGCUUCGUCGUCUGCACCCAAUUCUACCGCCUCCACCUCCUCCUCAUCCUCCGCUUCUUCCUCCGCACCUCAAACACAAUCACAGCUCCAACUACAACCACCCCAACGAACCACGCGAUCCCCGAAACGCUCAUUCGACGAGUCGAGUGCUAGUGCUAGCGCUAGCGAUACCGACGACCGACACCUCGUUGAAAGAGGGAGGGAUAAGCGGACGAGGAGGAAUACUGGGGCGGGGUGUGAUGUUCUCAUGGCUUCACCACCAACCCCACACCCAAACCCACCAGAGGAUGCGGAUACACCGGAACUUUCCGCCCCUGGGUCGCCUUCGCCUUCGUCUAGUGAGGCCUCGUCUCUGUCGAGGUGUUCGAGUGCUUUUGGGUCUCCACCGCCGCCGCCGGCUGCUGUUGACGUUCUUCCGAUACCGUCGAAGAAAUCCAAGUCACGGGCUUUACAUCCCCAUCCCAUGACGGCGUACGAAAGGCCUUUAACGAGGAGACAGCGUAAAGCGUUGGGGUUACCUAAACUCCGGCCUGGCCUUGGCUCUUCUCCUUCCCCUGGGGCGAUUGAGAGAACGGGGAGUGCGGGGACGAUUGUUAUUCCUGGGGGGAAGUUUAAGCGGGGUGGAGACGGGGGGGUGAAGGUGAAGGUUGAGGAAGGGGAAGAGGCGGAGUGGAGGAGGAAUGGGACGGGGAGGGUUGAUGUUAGGGGGUUUAGGGAGCUGAAGAUUUGA